UUUUUUUGAACCUUGAGAAAACCAUGCGGACCUUCCAGACUUGGCAAGACAAGCCCAGGUUCAAGAUAAGGAUGGCAUCAAUCAACCGAUCUAUGAUGUUACGUGGUUGAGCGACGGCAACCAGUUGGUGGCAGCCGCUGGGGCUGAAAUUCUGAUCUAUGAUGCCGGAGAAGGGGAGCUAAUACGCUCCCUCAAAGCGCACAGGGAUACAGUCCUGUGCGUUACCGCGCUCCGGACGGGUUUUGCUUCAGGGGGAGCUGACAAGCAAGUCAUCAUAUGGAAUGCGAAAUUUGAGGGUGUAUUGAAGUACUCCCACAAUGAUACCAUCCAAACCAUCGGUCAUAACCCAAUGACCGGGCAUGUCGUUUCCUGCACGGCGUCUGACUUUGGCAUUUGGUCACCAGAGCAAAAAUCUGUGGUAAAGCACAAAGUAACGUCAAGGAUUUGCGCAGUGUCGUGGACAGCGGACGGACAAUAUUUUGCCUUGGGAUUGUUCAACGGUCAUGUUUCCAUUCGCAACAAAUCCGGCGACGAGAAGGUGCGCAUCGAGCGUGGAGACUCCCCAGUGUGGUCGCUUGCAUGGAGCCCCUCUUCCGACGGAGAAUAUGAUGUUUUGGCCGUGGCAGAUUGGAGUCAACGACUAUCAUUCUUUCAGCUGAACGGGAGACAGAUCGGGAAAGAUCGUCAGCUUGGGUUUGACCCAUGCUCUGUCUCGUUCUUUGGCACUGGAGAAUAUAUUGCGAUAGGUGGAUCUGAUCGAAAGGUGACGCUCUGGACAGGAGAAGGAAUACGACUUGGGCAGAUUUGCGAAAGGGAGAACUGGGUAUGGUGUUGCAAAGUGAAACCACGUCAAAACUAUAUCGCAGUUGGCUGCCAAGAUGGAACGGUUGCCGUGUAUCAAAUUGUCUUCAAUACGGUACAUGGCCUGUACCAUGACCGGUAUGCCUACCGAGAAAAUAUGACCGAUGUUGUUAUUCAACACUUGUCUACAAAUCAACGUGCGCGAAUCAAAUGCCGAGACUACGUAAAGAAGAUUGCCGUACAUAAAGACAAGCUGGCAGUCCAAUUACCAGAAAAGGUCAUCAUAUACGAGUUAUUCAACGAUGACUCUUCCGACAUGCAUUACCGGAUAAAAGAAAAGAUUCAAAAAAAGCUAGAGUGUAAUCUCCUAGUCGUCACUCAUCAGCACAUAAUAUUAUGCCUUGAAAAGAAACUCCAGUCAUUCAACUUUGUCGGAGAGAAAGAGAGGGAAUGGAACCUAGAAGCGCUGAUACGGUAUAUCAAAGUGAUAGGGGGACCCAAAGGACGCGAGGGGCUACUAGUUGGGCUAAAGAACGGCCAAGUUCUACAGAUUUUUAUCAACAAUCCCUUCCCCAUUCCACUGAUUAAGCUCCAGGCAUCCGUGCGAUGCUUAGACCUAAGCUUGCGCCGCAGGAAACUUGCCAUUGUGGACGAGCAUAAUACGUGCUUGACGUACGAUAUCAAAACGAGGCAAUUGCUGUAUCAGGAACCGAAUGCCAAUAGCGUGGCAUGGAAUACCGAGUUAGAAGAUAUCCUCUGUUACUCAGGCAACGGAAUGCUCAACAUCAAAGCCAGCAAUUUUCCGGCACACCAUCAGAGAAUGCAAGGGUUUGUUGUGGGAUUCAAGGGUUCCCAAGUGUUCUGUCUGCAUAUAUAUGCAAUGACCAGCGUGGAUGUUCCUCAAUCUGCCUCGUUGGAACGGUAUCUUGAAAAGAAAGAUUUUGAUUCCGCAUAUCAAGUGGCAUGUUUGGGCGUGACCGAAACCGACUGGAGAAGAUUGGCCAUAGACGCUUUGGAAGCGCUGCGUCUGGAUAUUGCAGAAAAAUCAUUUGCGCGAAUCCGCGACAUGCACUACAUUGACUUGGUUAGAAAUAUCUCUCGCAUGCAAGCCGAAGGAAAGAAUGACCAAGAUUCAUUCCUGGCCGACAUUCAUGCGUACGCUGGACGGUAUCAGGAGGCUGCCAAACUGCACAUAAAAGCUGGCAAUCAGCAAAAGGCUAUAGAUAUGUUCACAGAGCUCAACAUGUGGGAGUAUGCAACAAAAAUCGCGCAGGAGACCCAUACAAACACGGAUAACAUCCUUAAACGGAAGGCCCAAAUGCAGCAGGAUCGCAAUGAUCUUCUUGCUGCAGCCAAUACUUACCUUGAGGUUGGAGACUAUAUGAAAGCCAUUGACAUCUUGGGGCCAAACGGCUGGCUGGACAAUCUUAUCGAGGUUGCAAGGAAAGUGAGCAAUUCGGACACCAAAGCGCUCAGCCGCUGUGUGUACUUUUUCCGGAAGCACAAUCACCAUGCAUACGCCGCCGAAACGCUGGUGAAAAUGGGCGAUAUUGCCCACUUGCUGAAUCUGCAUAUUGAACUGCAGCAUUGGGAAGAUGCUUUCAAACUUGCGGAGACGCAUCCCGAGUUCACUGAACAGAUAUAUCUUCCAUACGCGAACUGGUUGGCGACCAAUGGGCACUACGUUGAAGCUCAGGAAAACUACAGAAAAGCCGGGCGCAUUGACGAAGCACUGCGUGUGUUAGAGCAGCUCACUGAAAACGCUGUUACUGAGCGUCGCUAUGACGAUGCUGCAUAUUACUAUUGGACAAUGAGCUCCGAGCAGCUAGAUAAACUUCCUGUAGAUAUCACCGCUGAUCAACUAACGCCCGAGCAGCAACGAGUGCUGAAGCGGUUCCAAGAGACAUACCAACUUGCCGAAAUCUACCAUGCGUAUUUCUAUGUCUCAAGGUAUAUCGAUGAACCCUUCACCGCCCACGUACCAGAAGCCUUGUUCAAUAUGGCUCGCUUUGUUUGGAACUACCUUAACCAUCAGCAGCCACCACCUGGAAUUUCCAAGGUUUAUACAUUGUUUGCAUUGGCCAAACUAGCUCGAGCACUUGGGGCCUACAAGCUAGCUCGAUAUGCUUACGAUAAACUACAAACGAUGAAUGUUCCGCCGAUAUGGCAGGAAACUGUGGAUGUUGGAACUCUUACGAUUCGAAGUCAACCAGGUCUUGACAAAGAAACACUUCAGCCGAUUUGCUAUCAAUGCUCUGCGAUCAAUCCUUUACUGAAUCCUAAGGGCGACAGCUGUACGAACUGCUUGGAACCCUUCGUGCACUCCUUUUACUCAUUUAUCAGCCUACCCCUGGUCCAAUUCACUGUUGAAUCUGGUAUCAGUGACGACGAAGCAUCUCGACUCAUAAAUAUGGAUCCCCCAAGCUUGGAUGGAAAGAGGGACGGAAGUUCGAUCAAGCACGAUCGUCCACGAGCAUCGAGUGCAACAAAGGAUGGGCAGUCAAGUGCAGGGAAAGGAGGAAUGGUGGGAGCAAGCGGAUCGGUAAAAGACGAUCCGUUUAGACGGCAAUUGGCCGGUCUUGAGCGAGGAGGAGGAACAGGAUACACACCAGUCAAAGUAGGCCGAAAAGCUUUAAUGACAAUGGAGCGUCACGCCGUAUUCAUUCGACGAUGGGGAAAGAAAUGUUUGCGACCAGAAUACUAUCGAAUGAUGCUAACGGAUGUACCUGUGGUGUUGUGCAAAACUUGUCAACAUUUCUUUCUGGAGGAUGAGUGGGUCUAUCAGAUUCUUUCGAAGGGAUGCUGUUCCUUCUGUAGAGCAAAAGUUGAUCUUGAAUAAUGUGUAUAUAUGUGCCACUCUGAAUUUUGAACUACACUUUAUAAUUGAGCUCGAGGCCUUUAGUUGGAUUUACGAGGUCAUGGAC